CUUUGAAUAACGGCCACAUGAAGAAGAAGAAUACCAAAGCCGGAGAAGAAGAAGAAGAAGAAGGAAAUGGCGGUGGCGUCUCUUAGUAUUUGCUUCUCUGCUCGACCAAAUCUUCUUCUUUGCAACUUCUCUCGACCCAGAAUAAAUUUUGCUAUGACUGCAAUGAGUGAGGAUCCAAUUCGUCAAUGGAUACUUACAGAAGGGAAAGCUACUCAGAUCACAAAGAUUGGUUCUGUUGGUGGUGGAUGUAUUAAUCUCGCUAGUCAUUACCAGACUGAUGUUGGUUCUUUCUUUGUUAAAACUAACAGGAGUAUUGGACCUGCCAUGUUUGAGGGAGAGGCUCUUGGUCUUGAGGCUAUGUAUGAAACCAGUACAAUCCGUGUCCCCAAGCCACACAAAGUUGGGGCAUUGCCAACUGGUGGAUCUUAUAUCAUCAUGGAAUUUAUAGAUUUUGGGGGAUCAAGAGGCUACCAGGCUGAAUUAGGAAAGAAGCUCGCUGAGAUGCAUAAAGCCGGGAAAUCUUCUAAAGGCUUCGGGUUUGAGGUUGACAACACUAUUGGCAGUACCCCACAGAUCAAUACUUGGUCAUCAGAUUGGAUUGAGUUUUAUGGUGAUAAGAGACUGGGUUACCAGCUAACGUUAGCUAGGGAUCAGUAUGGUGACUCUGCAAUUUAUGAGAAAGGUCAUACACUGAUACAGAACAUGGCAUCUCUCUUUGAGAAUGUUGUCAUAGAACCGUGCUUGUUACAUGGUGAUCUCUGGAGCGGGAAUAUCGCAUACGACAAGAACAGCGAGCCUGUCAUUCUUGAUCCUGCCUGUUACUAUGGGCAUAACGAGGCGGAGUUUGGAAUGUCGUGGUGCGCAGGAUUCGGAGAAUCUUUCUACAAUGCCUAUUUCAAGGUAAUGCCAAAACAACCGGGUUUUGAAAAGAGGAGGGAUCUGUAUUUGCUGUAUCAUUACUUGAAUCAUUAUAACCUGUUUGGCUCGGGCUAUCGAUCAUCUGCGAUGUCGAUCAUUGAUGAUUAUCUACGGAUGCUCAAAGCUUAAAAAGGGACAAGAUGAUGAGGGGAAGCAGCUUAUAUAAGCUCGGGUAUAUAUGUUUGUUUGUGUUUUGUUGGUGGCUUUUCCCGUGUACAACUUAUAUAGUUUGAAUCUUGAGAUUAAUCAGAGUUGAUGUAUUCUGAAUUGUAUGUAAGAGAUUACCUUAAGGAUCAUAGGUGGUUUAUACGAAGAAA